GUUGAUAGAAAGAUAAGGUUGGAGGCAAGUUGCCUUUGAGCAGCUCUCUGGAGAUCAACUGCCUGCCUGGUGCCUUCUUUGCCCCAAAACUGUUUCCUCUGGUCGUGCCAAGGCCGAUGCCCAAGGCGCGUCACUUUUCAAGAACUGGAUCAUGAACAACUUGAUCCUCCUGGAAGAACAGCUCAUCAAGAAAUCCCAGCAGAAGAGGAGAACUUCUCCCUCGAACUUUAAAGUCCGCUUCUUUGUUUUAACCAAAGCCAGCCUGGCAUACUUUGAGGAUCGGCAUGGGAAGAAGCGAACGUUGAAGGGUUCCAUUGAACUCUCCCGCAUAAAAUGUGUCGAGAUUGUGAAGAGUGACAUUAGCAUACCAUGCCACUAUAAAUACCCGUUUCAGGUUGUGCACGACAACUACCUCCUGUAUGUGUUUGCUCCAGACCGCGAGAGCCGGCAACGCUGGGUGCUGGCCCUUAAGGAAGAAACAAGAAAUAAUAACAGUUUGGUGUCCAAAUAUCACCCUAAUUUCUGGAUGGAUGGGAGGUGGCGGUGCUGUUCUCAGCUGGAGAAGCUUGCAGUGGGCUGUGCCCAGUAUGAUCCAACCAAGAAUGCUUCAAAGAAGCCUCUUCCUCCUACUCCCGAAGACAACAGGCGGUCACUUCGGGAACCUGGAGAAACUGUGGUCAUCGCCUUGUAUGACUACCAGACCAACGACCCUCAGGAACUCACGCUGCAACGCAAUGAGGAAUACUGCCUGCUAGACAGUUCUGAGAUCCACUGGUGGAGAAUUCAAGACAGGAAUGGGCAUGAAGGAUAUGUGCCAAGCAGUUACCUGGUGGAAAAAUCUCCAAAUAACCUGGAAACCUAUGAGUGGUACAAUAAGAGUAUCAGCCGAGACAAAGCUGAAAAACUUCUCUUAGACACAGGCAAAGAAGGAGCCUUCAUGGUACGGGAUUCCAGGACCCCAGGAACGUACACUGUGUCUGUUUUCACCAAGGCUGUCGUAAGUGAGAACAAUCCCUGUAUAAAGCACUACCAUAUCAAAGAAACAAAUGACAACCCAAAGCGAUACUAUGUGGCCGAAAAGUAUGUGUUUGAUUCCAUCCCGCUUCUCAUCAAUUAUCACCAACACAAUGGAGGAGGCCUGGUCACGCGACUCCGGUAUCCAGUUUGUUUCGGGAGGCAGAAAGCCCCAGUCACAGCAGGGCUGAGAUACGGGAAGUGGGUGAUCGACCCAUCGGAGCUCACAUUCGUGCAGGAGAUUGGCAGUGGGCAGUUUGGGUUGGUGCAUCUUGGCUACUGGCUCAACAAGGACAAGGUGGCCAUCAAGACCAUUCAGGAAGGGGCUAUGUCAGAAGAGGACUUCAUACAGGAGGCUGAAGUCAUGAUGAAACUCUCACACCCCAAACUGGUCCAGCUGUACGGGGUGUGUCUGGAGCAGGCGCCCAUCUGCCUGGUGUUCGAGUUCAUGGAGCACGGCUGCCUGUCAGAUUAUCUGCGCAGCCAGCGGGGGCUCUUUGCUGCGGAGACCCUGCUGGGCAUGUGCCUGGAUGUGUGUGAGGGCAUGGCCUACCUGGAGGAGGCGUGUGUCAUCCACAGAGACUUGGCUGCUCGAAAUUGUUUGGUGGGAGAAAACCAAGUCAUCAAAGUGUCAGACUUUGGAAUGACAAGGUUUGUCCUUGAUGACCAGUAUACCAGCUCCACCGGCACCAAGUUUCCGGUUAAGUGGGCAUCCCCGGAGGUCUUCUCUUUUAGUCGCUACAGCAGCAAAUCGGAUGUGUGGUCAUUUGGUGUACUGAUGUGGGAAGUCUUCAGCGAAGGCAAAAUCCCAUAUGAAAACCGAAGCAAUUCAGAGGUGGUGGAAGACAUCAGUACCGGGUUUCGGUUAUACAAGCCCCGACUGGCCUCCUCACAGAUUUACCAGAUCAUGAAUCAUUGCUGGAAAGAGAGACCAGAAGACCGGCCCGCUUUCUCUAGACUGUUGGGUCAACUGGCUGAAAUCGCGGAAUCAGGACUUUAGUAGAGACUCAGCGCCAGGCCACAGGCUGUAGUUCCCGAAGGGAGGAAGGAUGCUCUCCUCCUUCUCCGGAGCAUUAGAAGCUGCCACCAGCCUAGGACACUCCAGAGGCAGCCUGGCCUGCGGUGCCAGUCCCUGAGACCGCCAUAGAAGCAGCGUCCUGACCCAGGCUGGCAGCCAGGCCACAGGCAGGAGUGUCAGCCACUGAGCUGGGAGCCGGGCCGGAAAAGAGACGAUGUCUCUGCCCUCUCUCUGCCUCUUGUCACAUGUGCACACGCCUCAACCUGACAGCUUUCAGGCAACAUUUCUUGCACUUCCUAGCAAUAGAGAGAGGCAUAGGUAGGACCCCAGAUUGUUUUUAUUAUUAUUUUAAAACAUGGAUCUGAAGUUUAUGGUUCAAGGAACUUUUUAUUUGACCCAACAACAGAGUAUCACAGGAUAUGGCGGCCAGGGGAACAAGGAGCA